UGUAGAGUGGAAUAAGUAAAUGCAAGAGAAUGAGUGCAUACCAAGUAACAUUGUGCAUGACAUGACGUCGACGGAUUCUGAUUGCGUGCAUUUUGCAAGUGAAUGAGCACGGAUGAGCACCAAGUCCUUACAAAAACCCGGAUUUUUUGACAGUUUCAAGGUCUUUUCGCACAUGGUGGAUACUUGUGGAGUAAAAUUAUCGGGAAAGUGGAAAACGUGCAAUUUUGGAGACAUAUAUUCCAAUAAAAUUUAAAAUUUUUUUUCAGAUGCAAGUCCCGACUGAGUUUAGCUCAUUUGACCUGACGAACAAAUCCUUCAUUGAGUUUCUGGUCGGCUCUCGUGUCACUUCAUGGAAAACCGAGAGUGCUUGUGCCGCUGGGGAUAACAUGGCUGGAAGCGUCACGGCAAUUAAAGCAAAACUGGCCACCCCCUCCUUGCCCAAAGAGAAGAAGGAUGAAGUUCACUUAAUCUACAAACAAAUUCCAGCCAACCCACCUGACUGGAUCAUCCAGGGACAAAUUUUUCGCAAGGAGCAUGCCGUAUACCGCACCGUUGUUCCAGCAAUGCAAGCCUUCGCCUCGUCUCGUAACCACGUCUACAAGUCCCCACUGCCUAUCUUCUUCAAAGGGUUCAACGACGACAAGAGUGACUACCUCGUUUUGGAAGACGUAAGGCCAGACGGGUUCAAAAUGGUUGACAAGCGUCGUAGUCUGACAUUUCCAGAAAUGACCAUCAUCGUGGAAGAGCUGGCAAAGUUUCAUGCGACGGGAUAUGCCUUUUUGAGACAUGAAGGGGCUCAAAUACUGGACACGAACGCUGACCUUAAUUUACUCACGAAAGGUCUCUUCCCACCCGACGAGGAUGGCAAAGAUAUGUACGAUGGUCUUAUCCAGCUCUACUUUGAAGUGGCAGCCGAUCUCGUUUCGUCCGACUUACCUGAACUGGCUGCAAGAAUUGGUAAAAUUCUACCAGAAGACGCAUGGAAAAUACGGAAGAAUGCAACCAAGAAUCCUGCUUAUUUCGAAACGAUAAUCCAUUCCGAUUUAUGGACAAAUAACUUACUGCUCAAGUAUGAAUCCACCACUGGAAUUGUGCCGGAAGCCGUCAAGUUUAUAGAUUUCCAGUUGGCCCAGGUUGGAAAUAUAUUUUCUGACUUGACCUACCUCGUCUACACCAGCACCACCCCGGAAUUUAGACGAGUACACCUCCACCCAUUGCUCGGGCGGUACUAUGAUGCAUUUUCCACGACUCUUAAGUCUCUAACAUGUCCACUUCCGGUUGACUUCAGUUUGGGUUUUCUCCUGGACGAGUUUCGAGCGUGUCAUGUGGCCGCCCUGAUUCACAUGACUUUUGCCGUUCCACUUCAGUUGGGAGACAUGGUUGGUGUGGAGGCCGAGUGGGAGGAAGAAAAUAAAAACGGUAAUAAGAGCUCGGAGGUUGGGGGCGAAGAAGGUGCUCUCGGGGAUAAAAGUUCCAUUCGGGCGAUGACCACGAGGAGUCCCAUUGCACAUCAGAGGUUGAAAGACUUGUUUCAAGAAGCGGCUGCUCUUAACGUCAUUUAGUUACGCGGAUGAAUGAGUGAUUAGUGUACACCUAUAUUUCGAUAUUUAUGUACAUGCAUUCCAUAGAUUUUGUACUUUGUACUAAAAUUGUCAAGAAUUAUUGUCUAUGUGAGGAUGACUAAUUGUUAUCUGCAUAAUAAUAAAUCCAAAUAUACACAAGAGAUUUG